AUGGGCAGCAGGAACAGGAAAACGAAACUAUCCAUGGAAAACGACAAAGAUUCAGUUGAACGUAAAAGACAGUGUCGCAUCGAUUAUACGAGCUUGUUACCAAACGAAAUAAUGAUUAAAAUUUUCUCACUCCUCCCACACGAAGAUCUUUUCCGAAACAUCCGUUGCGUCAAUAAAAGAUGGUAUAAUCUAACCAAAGCACCCACACUUUGGAGAAUAAUAUCUGCCGAUAGAAAAGUACCAUCCAGUAUAUUACGUAAGUGGAUCAGACAUUCGCCACUGUUAAAAGAAAUAUCGUUUUUUAAUAGGGACGAUAUGGACGUUCUUAUUGAAUACAUUUCCAAGUAUUCGUCGCAUCUACAAAGCAUCAUAAUCGAGAAUUGUUGGGGCAAUUCGAAAAACAACUACAUCAAAGGACGACGCGCCUGCGGGAUGCUUAAAAAAUGUCCGAAACUUUGCAUUUUGAAUUUCACGCAGACCUGCAUCAAUUCGACGAAAUUUUUUAGGAUUUUAGCUACGAGAGCCGGCGAAGACGUCGAGCCUAAAAAGUAUACGUAUAUCGGGCCCAUCACUCAGAAACAAAUGGAAGCAUUGCUAGAUUCGAUUCAUCGGGAUAAUAAGCAUGAUUUGGUGGUUUCGUCGUCUUCACAGCAUUUCGGGCACAUUGUAGAUGCAGGUUCGCCACGAGUAACGCCAUCAGUGUCCGACUUUAUUUGGAACAAUCUUAACGGGCGAUAUCCAAAUGAAUAA